CGCUCAGCGUAGACCGCUUUCCCAGUCGUUCAUUCAAGCUACCUAGUCGCUCUGGUUAUCGCAGGCUCCAGCAACCGUUCUAUCUUGCCCCUUUGACGUUCUUCGACAUGCAUUCGGUACUCCUCGGGCUUUCUCUUGUCGGUACGGCCGCCGCCCAGCUUGCGGUGAAUGGAUGGUCCUCGGUACCGUCCAGCGUCGCGUACGCGGCGCCAACUGCGUACGGUUCUGCUUCGCCUAGUGCGUACGGAUACGGCUACGCCGCACCAGCCUCGUCUGCAGGCGGCUCAGCACCUGCUGCCUCGACCGCUGCCGCUACUUCAUCUGCGCCGGCCUCGCAGUACACGACACCUGCCACAUAUUCGUCUGAAUCGAUGAUGCCGUAUUCGUCUUUCAUGGCUGGCGGUUACCAAAGUUUAGCCUGUGGGUAUGGUUACACGAAGGCCAGCGACGGGUCCUGCCAAUCACAAUCUUGGUGGCAAACAACGGGGUGCUAUGAAACUAUUAUUAUUAACCAUGAUGGAUCGGGCUCUUGCAAUCCCAGCUACGGCGGUGGCGGUUACGGGGGUUACACCGUCACGUCGACUGAAUACGCGACAGUUACCCAAACAGCGACCGUGCCCACGACGAUCACUGUGUACGCGACUCUCACGGAUAUUCAGACCGACACGCAAUCCGUGACACAAACACAAACGGACUUCGUAACAUUAACAUCAACGCAGCUGGUGCCCACAACAUGGACAUACGUCUCGACCGAUAUUAUUGACAACACGAGGACAGUUGAGCAGACGGUCACAGCAACCGCUACCAGCACACAGGUCAAUGUGUACACGCAGACCGACUUCAAGACCGCGACCGCGACGGAGACGCAGAAGGAGACUGAGACUGACUUCAUGACAGCGACGAUCUUUAGCACCAUUGUGCAGCCGACAACGUACACCAGUGUCUACGUCAGCACGCAAGUGAUCGACAACACCAAGACACUGGAGUUCACGCAGACGGCGACAAAGACCGACAAUAUCACCCUCGUCUCCACUGCGACGCAGACGCAGAUUAUGACUGACAUGGUGACGGUCACCUCGGUCAGCACGCUCGUGGAACCCACGACGUACACAUCUCUGCUUGUCAGCACGCAAAUCGUGGACGAGACAAGCACCGUGGAGGAGACCAUGACCGCCACGCUCACCCAGGACAUGACCAUACUCCAAACGCAGACGCUGACGCAGACCGCGACUGCUACCGAGUUCUCAACUCUGACCGCCACGGCCACCCAGACCGUGACAGACACCAUGCUUGCGUCAUGCCUUAACUCGUGCAAGAGCAGCUAUACCCUGACCAUGGGCAAUGGCUACAGCUGGAACACUUACGCAACGCCUAGCGCCUCCAGCACGUGGAUGAGCACCGAGACCGCAGCUGCAACCUCUGUCGUGGCGAGUUCAAACUGGUGGGGAACAAACAGUGCAGCUGCUACUGCCGUCAGUGCCAGCUCCUCUGCAUCCGGCUGGGCGGCAUCGAGCACCGCUGGAAGCUGGAGCGCCUCGAACGCGAGUGGCAACUCGGCGUCCGGCGGCUCGAGCUGGUCAGGGAAGUCAGGAUGGUCUCGCUCGUCAUGAAGUUUUCCGUGAUUCCUGCGGUGGUGAUGGACUCGUCGACGGACUCUCAGGCCGGCUGCUCUAGCGUAUCAUAUUGCUUAGUAUGUCUGCCUCAGCCUUUCUUAAAUAUCGCACGGACCUCUGUUGGUAUAAGUAAUAGCGUAGCACACACCCCCGUUUUCUGUUUGCCUCUGAUUCUCGGACACUCUGGUAGCUUUUCGUCUCUUCUUUAUUCUGCUUGGCGCACAUGUAUAUUUGGCAUGCGCAUUCGUUCGUUGUAGCGAUGCCUCUGUAC